AUGUACAGGUCUCUCGCCCUCACUUCGCUCACCUUCCUGAGCGCCGUCCGCGCUCAGCAGGUCGGUACGUCUCAGUCUGAGACUCACCCUAAGAUCAACUGGAAGACCUGCACCGGCACCGGUGGCAACAGCUGCACCAGCAAGGCUGCCCCUGUUGUGCUCGACUCCAACUGGCGAUGGUCCCAUAACAUUGGUGGCUACACCAACUGCUUCGACGGUAACUCCUGGAACACCUCCCUCUGCCCUGACGACGAUACUUGCGCUAAGAACUGCGCCAUUGACGGUGCCGACUACUCUGGUACCUACGGUAUCACCACUUCCAGCGAUGCCUUGACAUUGAAGUUCGUCACAAAGGGCCAGUACUCCAGCAACGUUGGAUCGCGUACCUACCUCAUGGAGACCGACACCAAAUACCAGAUGUUCAACCUCAUCAACAAGGAGUUCACCUUCGAUGUUGAUGUUUCCAACCUUCCUUGCGGUCUUAACGGUGCUCUCUACUUUGUCGAGAUGGCCGCCGACGGUGGACUCAACAAGGGCAACAACAAGGCCGGUGCCAAGUACGGAACGGGAUACUGCGACUCCCAAUGCCCCCACGACAUCAAGUGGAUCAACGGCAAGGCCAACAGCGCCGGAUGGGUCUCUUCCCCCAACGAUGCCAACGCCGGCUCCGGUAUUACGGGCGCCUGCUGCCCUGAGAUGGACAUCUGGGAGGCCAACUCCAUCUCCACAGCCUACACUCCCCAUCCCUGCAAGGGCACUGGUCUUGUAGCCUGCACAGGCACUGACUGCGGCGACGGCGACAACCGCUACAAGGGUGUGUGCGACAAGGACGGAUGCGACUUCAACAGCUACCGCAUGGGCGUCAAGGACUUCUACGGCCCGGGCGCUAAGCUCGACACAAAGGCCAAGAUGACCGUCGUCACGCAAUUCAUCGGCUCCGGCUCCAGCCUCAGCGAGAUCAAGCGCUUCUACGUCCAGAACGGCAAGGUGUACAAGAACAGCGAGUCCGCCAUCUCGGGCGUGACUGGCAACUCCAUCACCGACUCGUUCUGCAAGGCGCAGAAGAGCGCCUUCGGCGACACCUCCUCCUUCGCCAACCUCGGUGGCCUCAACGCCAUGGGCGCCUCGCUCGCCCGCGGCCACGUCCUCGUCAUGUCUCUCUGGGACGACCACGCCGUCAACAUGCUGUGGCUCGACUCCAGCUACCCCACCACCGCCGACCCCAGCAAGCCUGGUAUCGCCCGUGGAACUUGCCCAAUCACCUCCGGCGUCCCCGCUGAUGUCGAGGCCAACAGCCCCAACUCCAGCGUCGUCUUCAGCAACAUCAAGUUCGGCCCUAUCGGCUCUACUUUCAACCAGGCUUCAGCUGUCUAA